AAUAUCACCCUUAUAAACGGUGUUGAUAUAACCUCUGUGUGUUGAUAUAACUUUGCUCCAGUGCUGGUAUUUUUCUUGAAUUUUCAACGAGUUAUCACGCAUUUUUGACAUCUUUUUGUCGAAAAAGAUUUAAUAAUUGCUACAGUUGUGUUUUCGAUUACAUAAUUUAUAAAAUGACCUCGGCUUUGGAAUCCAUGGUGGUCGACGAAAAACAACUUCCUGAAAAGCCGGUCGACAGAGAAAAAACAUGUCCACUUUUAUUACGAGUAUUUUGUAAUAAUGGACGUCAUCAUAAUAUAAUGGAAUAUAGCAGAGGAAAUGUUCCUUCAAAUGAGCUGCAGAUAUAUACAUGGAUGGAUGCAACUUUGCGAGAAAUUACGGGUUUAGUUAAGGAAGUAAAUCCAGAUGCUCGCAGUAAAGGAACAUACUUUGAUUUUUCAUUGGUGACUCCUGAACUUCGUAAUUCUGGUUACCGUAUGCGUGAGAUUGGAGUUACAUGUUCUGGACAGAAAGGUGCAGAUGAUAACAAGACGCUUGCACAAGCAAGAUUUACAAUAGGAGAUUACUUGGACAUAUCAAUAACUCCACCAAAUAGAAUGAUGCAACCGGCAAUAAGACGUGGUGGUCUGCGUCAGUAUUAAUUAUUGUGGUAAUUUUAAAGUUUAAAAUUAUGAUAAAGAUAAGUUUCUUCUAAGAAAUAAUUAUAUGAAUGUAAUGCUAGAAAGACUUCCAAAACUUUUUUAUAAAUAACUAAAAUAAAGAAUUACUUUUUUUAUUU